AUGGAUCGCAGAUCAUCAUUACGGCCUAGAAAAUCAGAAAUCUCUCAAAUUGUAUCAGCAACACCACAAAAAUCGCCUGGAAGACAGCCAAAAGGCCGAAGAGCACCGGCCUCUUCAAAGCAAUCGAUUGUUUUCAAAAAUGAAGCAUCCGAAUCAUCGUCAUCUGAAGAUGAUUCUUCCGAUUCCGAUUCCGAAAAUCAAUACAAGAAUCCGGUGGAUCCAAGUCUAGAAGAGGAAGAUCUGGAAAUUUCGGAUAUUUUUUUGGAGAAUUCUAGCGAUAAAGAGAAUAGUCCAGGAAGGCGUAGAUCUCAAAAAAUCAAUAAAAAUCUGGCGAAUUUAAGCCUGAAAGCUUCGGAACCUCAAACACCAUCAAGAAAUACAAGAAGUUCAAUGAAAGGACGUGAUUUCUACAGUUUAAGCGAUCAAGAAACGGAUUCUGAAGAAAUGGAGAUGGAUAUUGAGAUCAAAAGGGUUCAGUGAGUGCAUUUUUGACUGAAAAUCGGCUGAAAAUCCACGAUUUUCAGCCAAAAUAGUGCGUUUUCAGUCAAAAAUCGAUAAUUUUCUACAGAACUCGAUCUGCUCGCCGUGCUCUUGCACCAAUCACACCCAAAAAAGCCACCACCAAAAAAGGAGUUACGCCAACUCGCCUGGCAGUUUCCAAAACUCCAGGAGGCACCAGGAGCUACAAUUUUGCGACGAGGGUGAGUUGUGAGCUGGAAAUGGUGGCGAAGACGCGAAAAAUCUAGGACACGUGGGAAAAAACGUGGAUUUUUCAAAGCCUAGGCUUAUCUAGACUCAAAAAACGUGGAUUUUUUGAGCCUAGGCUUGUUUAGGCUCGAAAAACGUGGAAUUUUUGAGCCUAGGCUUAUCUAGUCUCAAAAAACAUAGAUUUUUCAAAGCCUAGGCUUAUCUAGACUCAAAAAACGUGGAUUUUUUGAGCCUAGGCUUGUUUAGGCUCGAAAAACGUGGAAUUUUUUGAGCCUAGGCUUAUCUAGUCUCAAAAAACAUAGAUUUUUCAAAGCCUAGGCUUAUCUAGACUCAAAAAACGUGGAUUUUUUGAGCCUAGGCUUGUUUAGGCUCGAAAAACGUGGAUUUUUUGAGCCUAGGCUUAUCUAGACUCAAAAAAACGUGGAUUUUUUGAGCCUAGGCUUAUCUAGACUCAAAAAAACGUGGAUUUUUUGAGCCUAGGGCUUAUCUAGACUCAAAAAACGUGGAAUUUUUGAGCCUAGGCUUAUCUAGUCUCAAAAAACAUAGAUUUUUCAAAGCCUAGGCUUAUCUAGACUCAAAAAACGUGGAUUUUUUGAGCCUAGGCUUGUUUAGGCUCGAAAAACGUGGAUUUUUCUAGUCUAGGCUUAUCUAGACUCAAAAAACGUGGAUUUUUCAAAGCCUAGGCUUAUCUAGACUCAAAAAACGUGGAUUUUUUGAGCCUAGGCUUAUCUAGACUCAAAAAACGUGGAUUUUUUGAGCCUAGGCUUAUCUAGACUCAAAAAACGUGGAUUUUUUGAGCCUAGGCUUAUCUAGACUCAAAAAACGUGGAUUUUUUGAGCCUAGGCUUAUCUAGACUCAAAAAAACGUGGAUUUUUUGAGCCUAGGGCUUAUCUAGACUCAAAAAAUUGUGGAUUUUUCUAGUCUAGGCUUAUCUAGACUCAAAAAACGUGGAUUUUUUGAGCCUAGGCCUAUCUAGACUCAAAAAAACGUGGAUUUUUCAAAGCCUAACCUUAUUUGGGCUCAAAAAACGUGGAAUUUUGAGUCUAGGCUUGUUUGGGCUCUAAAAAUUCCCAAUUUUCAGACUCGAAAACAAGAAACCGACUCAAAUCACCGCUCCCCAAUCGCAAAACUUCGCCUAACUCUUCCCGGUCUCUCAACAAUUGCCCAGAAAAUGAAAAAUCUCGCCGACAAGCUGCAUUUAUCGGAAAUUCCCGAAAAUCUACCGUGCAGAGAGAAAGAGACGCAGGAAUUGCGAAAAUUCAUCGAGCAAGCUGUGCAUCCGAAAAAAGGCGAAAGUGGAGCGAUUUAUAUUUCGGGAGUUCCGGGAACUGGAAAAACUGCCACUGUGAGAGCUGUACGUUGAUUUUUGAUGGGAAAUUUAGAAUUUUUGAUGAAUUUUGAGCUAGAAAUCGCGAAAAUUGAGGUUUUUGAAGGUGUAAACGCGGAGCAUCGUUGUUUUUCCAGGUCAUCGAAUCUAUGAAAUCCUCAAAAUCCUUCGUCUAUGCCGAAGUUAAUGCGAUGAUUUUCCGCAAAAAAGUUUUUGCCGAAAUCUAUAACCGAAUCCAAGAGAACUACACAAUAUCAGCCCAAAAGACACCCAAAAAACAGCAGCUGGCUGAAAAUGCAUCGCUGAAAAUCGCGAGCUCUACGGCUCGCCUCAAAUUGAAUGCGAUGUUCCGGAAGGCGGACAAAAAUCGAUCGCCGAUUGUGAUUUUGGUGGACGAGUUGGACGGGUUGUGCAAUCGCAAACAGGAUGUUUUGUAUGAUAUUUUUGAUUGGACUUCGAUGCCUGAAGCGAGGGUUACGAUUAUUGGUGAGAUUUGGAGCAUUUUGAGCCCAAAAAUCAUGAUUUUUGAUGGUGUAAACGUGGAGUAUCGUUUGAACUACGAUAAUCCGCUUUUACACCUUCAAAAAUCCACAAAAAUCGAUAUUUUUGAUGGUGUAAAGGCGGAGUAUCGUUUGAACUACGAUAAUCCGCUUUUACACCUUCAAAAAAUCCACAAAAAUCGAUAUUUUUAAUGGUGUAAAGGCGGAGUAUCGUUUGAACUACGAUACUCCGCUUUUACACCUUUAAAAUCCUUCAAAAAUCAUGAUUUUCAAUGGUGUUAACGUGAAGCAUCGUUUGAACUACGAUACUUCGCUUUUACACCUUGAAAAGUCAAUAUUUUCAAUGGUGUAAAUGCGGAGUAUCGUAGUUUUUCCUUUAGGCUCUUCAAACGAUGCUCCACAUUUACACCUAUGAAAAAUAUGGCAAAAACCAUUAAGUUUAGUUGAUUUUUAUCGAAUUUGGUCUCAAAAUGAACUAAUUUUCACAAAUUUUUAUGAUAAAAUACUCAAUUUUCAGCCCGAAACUGAUUUUUGGCAUAAAAUCUUGCAAAAUCAUCAAAUUUGGUAUCAAAAUUGAUGAAAUUUUCCCCAUUUUUCACCCAAAAACCCUCCAAAUUCUUUGCAGCCAUCGCCAACACUCUCGACUUCCCCGAACGUAUGUUAUGCCAGCGAAUUUCUUCCCGUCUCGACAAACGUCGCCUGAUUUUCCAACCCUAUGAACACGAACAAAUCGAGCGGAUUAUUGAUGCGAGAUUGGCGAAAAGUGAGGUGAUUGAUCCGAAUGCCGUGAAAUUGGUGGCGAGAAAAGUGAGUUUUAAGGGGAAAAAUCGUGAAAAAUGGACAAUUUUGAGCCAAAAAUCGUGAAUUUUGAAGGGGUAAACGUGGAGUGUCGUUUGAACUACGAUACUCCGCAUUUACAUCACCUUUUGAGCUUUUAUAUGCAUAUUUGGUGUCAAAAAAUCCCAAAUUUUGAAGAGAAAAACUACGACACUCCGCAAUUACACCCCGAUUUUCCAGGUCUCAGCAAUAUCAGGAGAUCUUCGUCAAGCUCUCGAUAUGCUUCGUCGUUCAAUUCGAAUUGCAAUCGAAAUGAAAUCGACGAAAUUAACCAUGGAACACGUGAAUUUGGCACAAAAAGCGGUGGCAGAACCGCUGAAAAUGCGCCUAAUCAAAUCGCUCAAAUUGCACAAAUUGAUGAUUUUUAGAGCUGUUUUGACUAUUGUGAGUGGGAAUUUUUGGGUCUUGAAGGGAAGAUUUGACCUACAGUAAGAAUCUAAUUCAAAUUUCCAAAUUUUCCGCCAAUUUUCAAAAAUUCAAAUUUCAAAAAUUUCCCGCCAUUUUUCAAAAAUUCAAAUUUCAAAAUUUCCCGCCAUUUUUCAAAAAUUCAAAUUUCCAAAUUUCCCGCCAAUUUUCAAAAAUUCAAAUUUCAAAAAUUUCCCGCCAUUUUUCAAAAAUUCAAAUUUUCAAAUUUCCCGCCAAUUUUCAAAAAUUCAAAUUUCCAAAUUUCCCGCCAUUUUUCGAAAAUUCAAAUUUCGAAUUUUCCCGUCAUUUUUCAAAAAUUCAAAUUUCGAAAUUUCCCGCCAUUUUUCAAAAAUUCAAAUUUCGAAAUUUCCCGCCAAUUUUCAAAAAUUCAAAUUUCCAAAUUUCCCGCCAUUUUUCAAAAAAUUCAAAUUUCCAAAUUUCCCGCCAUUUUUCAAAAAUUCAAAUUUUCCAGAUUCAAUCAACCGAAAAAGAGGAGACAAUAUUCAGUGAAGUCUAUAAAAUGUAUUGUGUUUUGUGUCAAACACUUUCUGGAGUUGCGCCAACUUCCGAUUCAUUGGCUUAUGAUUUGGCACUACAAUUAGCGCGAACCAGGUAAAUUUUUGAAUUUUUCGCAUUUUGGCGCGAAAAUUUGAUGAAAAAUGAGCCAAAAAUCGUGAUUUUUGCUCGAAAAUGAGUUAUUUUAGGUCAUUUUCCACCAAAAACCCUCGUUUUCGGCUCAUUUUUUCCCAAAAUUCUUGAAUUUUCAGCCUACUUAUCCUAUCUCCCGGUCAAAAUGGAAUGUUUCGCCGAAAAAUCAAGCUUGGAAUGGCUGUUUAUGAGGCUGAGAAAUGUAUUCAACAAAUUGAGGAGCUUCAAAAAUCACAUUAA